AUGGCCGCGCCCAACCCACAACAAAUGGCGGCCAUGCAGCAACAGUUCGCCGCCGAGGCCGCGAAAAGAGGGAUGACGCCGGAGCAGUUCGCACAAAAGCAGCGCGAACAGCUGACUGCCGACGCCGAGAAGCUCGGAUUGACGCCGGAGCAGUAUAUUGCGCAACUACGUAUGCGGGCGAUGCAACAGCAUCAGCAGCAGAUGCAAGCACAACAGCAGGCGCAGCAACAAGGCCAAACACCACCACAGGAAGGACAACAAAGCCAACCGCCCGCACCACAGCAGCAGACGCAUCAGGUUCCCGUACAGCCGGGUCAGCCUGCAGAUCCCAAGGCCAUCGCCGUGGCCAACUUCCUGCGGUCGCAGAACUUGAAGCCGCGGACGUGUAUCUUGGAUGGGCAACGGAAGGACAUGUUUAAGGUCAAGCGUGCCAUCCGUGCGAUCGAGUCCCCCGCUUACGCCAAAGCCGCCGCCAAAAAGAACUCCAAGCUCCCCCCUGUCACAGACCGCGCCUCCGCCGAGAACGUCUUUAAGCUGCUCCCGCUCUCGCUGUUGGCACUCCGAGUUUCCAAAGUUGAUCCCCACGCCGGACACAACCAUGCUAAACCGAAGAACCGGGUGAAGGGUCUGUGGACCGUCAAGGUCGAGCAGCACCAGGAGACGGGUCCGAUGAUGCACUACGUCUGGUUGUAUGAAGGACCACAGUGGAAGCAAAAGGCCUUGGCUGCCGCGGUGGUGGCGGGUAUCUUUGCCGUCGUUCUCUUCCCUCUCUGGCCGAUCAUGUUGCGCCAGGGUGUUUGGUACCUGAGCGUGGGUAUGAUGGGGUUGCUUGGUCUCUUCUUCGCCAUGUCGAUCUUCCGUCUGAUUCUUUUCUGCAUCACCGUCUUCGCCGUGCCACCGGGUCUCUGGCUGUUCCCUAAUCUAUUCGAGGAUGUUGGAUUCUUUGACAGCUUCAAGCCUCUGUGGGGCUGGCAGGAGAACAAGAAGAAGAAGAGCAAGAAGUCCAAGUUGGAACCCGCUGCUGAGUCCGUCGGUGACGCCGCUCCCUCAGCAACGACCACCUCUGCCGAGCCCGCAUCAACCCCGAGCUCAACAGCCGUGAAACGGGACUUGACCGCACGAGUUGAGGAAGUAGAGGAAUAA